UUGCCCCGUCUGAGCGGCCGGAGGCUCUAUUUUUGAAACUCAGCCUCAGAGGAGGGAGGAUGUCGUCUCUGGAUCGUUUCCCUGCUCCACCUCAGAAGUGAUCGCUCUGGGACAAUAUUAGGAGACACAUCACUGCAGCUUAAGGACUUCCUGCCGCUUUACUCUCUGUAUUUCGUCCGUGGAUGUUGUCGGGCUUCAGCAGAGGAUGGAGCCGAGCUCAUGCACAGAAGAUCGCAUCCAGCAUGUCCUCGAGCGCUGCCUCUGCGACCUGGGCCUCAACAAUCCUGACAAGCAGCUCUGGAACGCUGGAUUGUGCCUUAACCGCUGGUGUUUGGAGGAACUUGUGAAGAGAGAUCCGCACAACUUCCUCAUCCUUCUGCAGAAAAUACUGAGGAAAACAAAAGAGGUGCUGGAGCAGUGUCAGUAUGAACUGGUGGUGCCUCUCACGCUCCUGUUCUCUUCAACCCUUCUCAAAGCUCCUUACGUGGCUCCAGACUGUGAUGUUGUGUGGGACGCGUACCUGCUCUUCCACAGCUUCCUGUCCUGGCCUGAGCCUUGCUGCUCUGCCAGUAAACGUCUCAUACGUAUCAUCCAGCAGGAGCUCAGAGCGCCAGGCAUUUCAUUUCAAAGGCUGGUGAGGACAGAGCAGGGGCUCCCCCCCGACAUUCACACCUCUAAAACCAUGAUGGUUCUCUUAGUGAGCUCAGAUGAAGACGUCCCUCCAGAGGUCCAGUCUGUCUCUGAGCAGCUGAGCGGCACCCAGUUCUCCAGCAGAGACGUCAUCAUCACCGUCCUCCAGCACAGCUUUCAGGCUGUGCUGGGCAAGAGGCACGAGCUGCAGCCGCUGCUCGCCGCCCUGCAGACAAAGCGGCUGGAGGAGCUCCUACAGGCAGUGACUGAGAGCAUGGAGAUAGCAGCCGCCACAGGAGACGUCAGCACAGCGAAGCAGGCUCUGCUGAGCAAAAUGGAGAGGCUCAGAGAAAGUCUGGUUCCAGCUGAGGGCUGCUCACACUCUGGGACCGUUGAGACUUUCAUGCUGCCUCACCCCAAAUGUCACACGUGUCCUUGGGAGAGCGACAACUUUGACGUUCUGAAUGACAUUCUCCUGAGCGAGUCAGACCUGGAUUCAACUGAGGACUGUUUCCUGAAAUCAGAAAUAGAUGAAGAUGAUUUUAAUGACACCAGCGUGGAUGAAGAGGACGAGUUGGCGGGAAACAACGCCAACCUCGAUUUUCAAAACCACCGCAUCUCUACAGCAUCUUCCUCCUCCAGGGACUCCAUGUUCUCCAGCCACUCGCUCUCCUCCAGCUGGUCCGUGCCGUCCACCUCAUCGGGUGUGGAAAGCGACUUCAGUGAGGACACGGGGCACGAGGACACAGAGGAAGGACCAAGCAGCUCGCCAAAGCCGAGAAAGAAGCCUAAAAAGAAGUCCAGGUCUCUGUUAGGUGUGGAACGCUUCUCCAUGCUUUUCAGAAAUCCCCACAGCCCAAGCAUUUGCCGGCGCGCCCAGAGCAUGGGUUACCGUAGCGACUCCCCCAAAGACGCUCAAAGAACUGGGACAGCACUCAAACUCUCCAGGUCUCUGUCCAGACAGACUCAUCCUCUGCAUAGAUCCACCACUGCGUUAGACCCUCUUUCCCCGCAGAAGCACGUGUGUGUGCGCAGGAGGCCGAUCCUGAGCUGCGACGACACCGACGGGGCAGAACUGCCCACCCUGGUCAAAGUGGUGAUAUUUGGAGGUGACAAAGAGGCUGGCAGGCUCGCCAGGGCCUACAGUGACCUGCAGCAGAAGGAGAGCAAAUGUCAGAGACUCACCAAGAUGUGCCGACUGCAGUUUUACUUUGUGCCCACCAAAAGGAGGAGUCCAGGGAGUCCAGGGAGUCCAGGAGGAGGACACACGCCGACUGAAGUCCAGACAGGAAGUUCAACCAAAGCUGCUGCAUCUUUGGAGUCGAACGACUUGAUGCUCAAGGACAGCACUGCACACAUAGCCAAGAUGUUGGGCAUGAUGGAUCCCUGGUACGAGCGCAACGUCCUGAGUCUGCUCAGCCUGUCCUCCGACGUCCUCUGUCAGACUGCUUGUAAGGAAGUCUCUGAGGGCAGUGCCAGCACGGAGCGGCUCCCCCUGCUGGCCGACCUGCUGCUGUAUUACUGCAGGCAUGCGGACCAGCCUGUUCUGGUGCAGCUCUACCAGGCCGAGCUGACUUUGGCUGGAGGGGAGACGAGAAGGGAAGUGUUCAUUCAUUCUCUGGAGCUCGGUCACUCUGCUGGAACCAGAGCUGUUAAAGCUAUGGGAGCCGCCAGCAAACGCUUUGGAAUCGAUGAAGAGCGUCAGGCUGUUCCUCUGACGCUUAGUGUUGCCUACAACAAGGUGGCUGUAAGUGGGAGGAGUCAGUGGACCGAGACAGAGAUAGUGUGCACAUCGCUUAAUCUUCACAAAGCCUGCAGGACGCCUGAGCAUCUGUGGGACGAUUCAAGAAUAGAAAGUCUGCAGCUGACAAUCACUGAAGUUGUGAAGAAGCACUGCUCCAAAUCUAAAAAGUGCAACAACCAGCUCAUCUCAGUGUCAGAGGUGAAGGUGGACAGGGUGGAGGUGAGCAGCGGCGAUGACGGGGGAACCUUUGCCGUGUGUCUGGAUCAGGACGAGAGGAAGUUCAUCCAGAGUGUGACCAGGUGUGACGUGUCCCUGUGCUGUAAACCGGGCAGCAACUCUGACUGGAAGUCCUACACGCCGUUACCGGGCCAAGUUCAGCCUCUGCACCCGUCCUACUGCUCUCUGCUCUGCCUUCCCAUCACCUCGUUCUCUGCUUCACAUCCCUGACACACUUCUGACAUCCUGCAGAGUUCAUAUAUAUAUAUAUAUAUAUAUAUAUAUACAUGUAUGUA